UCCUAGAGAGUCGCGCCUGGGGAUCGGCUGCCGAAAUAGGGUCGCCCGGAGCCUCCCGCUUUGCCCAGUAAGACUCGGACCCGAGGGCGAGGACGAUGCCUGAGUCGCGGGUGAAAAGGCUGGCCGUGACGCUGAUGGAUGCCACGACCGACAAGGAUCCUCUCGUCCAGGAGCAGAUCUUCAGCGCCCUCUGCUGCUUGGGCAGGGCAGAGCCCGAGGAGGUCUUGAACGCCUGCAAGGAGUAUCUGCGGCAGCAUGAGAAGUUGGCCCAUCAGUACAGGGCUGUCCUCCUGAGGGCCAUGGAAGCUGUGGUGAAGAGCGGCCUGGCUCAGCUCGACAAAGGCACGGCCAAGAUGGUCAUCUUCUUGGCGUCCAGCGAGAUGACCAAGUCCAAAGAGGCUUUUCCGGAGUGGCAGCAGGCCGCCAGCAGCGUCCUGGUCGCGGUUGGGGGGCGCUUCAUCAACCAGGUGAUGGAGGAGGUGCUGACCAAGUUCCAGCCGGGGGUCUUGCCCCACUGUUUCGUUGUGCUGACCUUCGCCAACCUUUCGGUGGCCAACGUAUUUGGGAUGGUCCCUUUCCUCAAUUCCAUUCUGGGGACGAUGCUGCCCAUGCUGCCCAUGGCUAAGCAGGACAACACGAAGUCCGUCUUCUGCUACGCCCUGCAGUGCUUCAGCGAGAGCAUCCUGGAGUACCUGGCCAACCUGGACAAGGCGCCAGAUCCAACUGUGAGGCGGGACACCUUCUCCAGCGAAGUCUUCAGUGCCUAUGAAGUCCUCUUCCACAGCUGGCUGCCGAGCCGGGAGACCAAGCUGAGGCUUGCGGUCGUGGGGGCCCUGGGCCCCAUGAGCCACCUGAUGCCCAGUGAGAAGCUGGAGGAGCAGCUCCCCCGCCUCGUCCCCGGCAUUCUGGCUCUGUACAGGAAGCCCGCAGAGGCCUACCACGUCUCCAAGAGCCUGUGCCAGAUCCUGGAAGCGUCGGUCAAUAUCGGUAGCCGGACUCUAGACACGCAGCUGGAAGUCCUCCUCGGGGCCCUCCACCUCCAGCUCUGUGCCCCUCUGGACUCAUCCAUGCCUGUCCCACUGAAGAAUCACAACGAGGUCCUUCGCUGCUUCAUUGUCUUAGCCGCUUCAUUCCCUGACCGCCUACUUGGAUUUCUGCUUCCAAAGCUGGAGUCCGGCAACGAGAAGGCGCGGGUUGGAACACUGACCAUCCUGCGGCAGAUAAUCAACAGUGCCCUCUCUCAGAUGGAGAUGAAGAAGCCGUUCCUCCUCUCUUCCAUGAAGCUCCCUCUGCAGGACCACAGCAACAAGGUGAAACGGGCCAUGGUGCAAAUGAUCAGCGCCAUGGCCCAUCACGGCUACCUGGAGCAGCCAGGUGGAGAAGCCUUGAUUGAGUUCCUUGUCCGCCAGUGCGCCCUUCCUGCUGACCAGGUCCCCCAGCAGCACCCCCUGGAUCCGGAGGAGGUGACAGACAGCCAGCUCAGGAGCAUCAGCACCAGCACCCUCUUCCUCCUCAGCAGCACCGUGGACAGAAUGGUCGACGUGCUCUGGCCCUCCCUGCUGGCCUUCGUGAUCCCCGUGGCCCUGACCCACGCCCUGACCCCCCUGUGCAAGAGCCUCCUCUCCCUGGCGGCGCAGAGGCAGGAGCAGGGGGACUCGGACCUGCAGCUCCUCUCCGACUCCGACUCCGGGGCAAACCUCCCGUCUCCCCAUGCGUUAAUGCCAAGGCUGCUGAUCGCCGCUUCCCAGCCAUAUGUCGGGGAGGGCCGUGGGGCAGCGGCCCUGCGUCUGCUGCAUGUCCUGCACCUCAGCAUCCACAAAGCAGCCGAGCCACUGUGGAGCAAGAAGAUCCCUGCUUUGCUGCAGCAUCUGGAAGCAAACACCGAGGCUUCCCUGUCUCUGAAGGAGUGGCAGGACCAGCUGCUUCAGUUCCUCCGGAAGACCCUGGCCACCAUUUCAGACACGCCCUGGACCUCCCAGCUGGUCUUGGAGAUGUGCAGGCAGCUGAGUGGCUACAACGGCUUGUCUCCAGAGAAGAACUUCCUCUACAAAGCCAUUGGGGUUGGCCUGGCUGCUUGUGCGAACAAGGACUUGGUGCGAAAACAGCUUCAGGACCUGCUGGAGACGGCUCGAUACCAGGAGGAGGCGGAAUGGGAGGGCCUGGCUGCCUGCCUGGGCUUUUCUGCCGUCACUCACCUGGAUGAGGCUCUGGCCAAGCUGGAGGAAUUCGUCAAGUCGGAUGUCUUCAGAAAGUCUGCCGGCCUCUUCAGUAUCUUCAAGGACCGCAGUGACAACGAAGCUGAGAAAGUCAAGAGCACCCUCAUCUUGUGUUACGGCUACGUGGCCAAGCACGCGCCCAGAGAGCUGGUCCUGGCCCGAAUCGAUGCCGAUAUCCUCCGGAACAUUUUCCUCUACUUCAACACCAAGGUUCUGGGAAUAAAGGUAGAAACAAAGGACGCGACCCUGAAGCUCUGCCUCAUCCGCAGCGUCUGCCUCAUCAGCCAAGCCGUCUGCAGCAGCACCCAGUCCGGGGACUUCAACCUCUCCCGCAAGGCGGAGGUGGUUGCACAGAUGCUGGACUUCAUCAAGGCAGAGCCUCUGGACUCCCUGCGAACGCCCAUCCGCCAGAAGGCCAUGGCAGCCUGCACGUACCUGGUCAUCCUGGAGCCCCCCCUGAGCGAAGCUGAGAAGGUGGAGCUGGUGGAGACCUGCCUCCACAGCGUCUUCCCUCUUCCUCCGCCGGACACGCCAAGGGAAGGAGAGGGGUCCGAGGCCCAGGCUGGGACGAAAGAGCCCCUCUGGUGUGCCACCCUCACUGCCCUCCAGGACCUGCUGAAGAGCCUCCUGCACCGGCACAUGACUCCACACGGCCUGCAGACCACAUUCGAGCACCUGGGCCCCUGGAUCAGGUCUGCCAAAGAGCAUGAGCGCGAGAGAGCCGUGGAAGUCAGCGCUGCCCUCCUGCUGUUCUACCGGGAGAAGCUGAAUGUCAGUAAGGUGGUCCCCUUCUACAACCUGGGGCUGCUGAUGGCUCUCUUUGCUCCCCGCUGCACCGACUCUCUGCCCAGCGUCCGCCAGCAUGCGGUGGACUGCGUUCAUUCCCUCCUUUAUGUGCAGCUGUGCUACGAAGGCUUUUCCCAGGAUCAUAGGGAUGAAUCUGUGGAGAAGCUGAAAGCCCUAAAGCCUGGCCUGAGGGAUCCAGAUGUGAACAUCCUCUUCCAGACAUGCUGCAACAUCGCCAAGGUUGUUGCGAAGCACUUGCCCCCAGACCAGUUGCUGAGCCUCCUCCUUUCUAUGCUGGAGGGCCUGGCAGACCCUGACGGAAAUUGCUCGCGGGCCGCCGCGGUGAUGGUCAACUCCAUCCUGAAGGAGCGAGGGGUGGUCCUGCUGGAGAAGGUCUCGGAGCUCCUGGAAAUGAUCCACGCCAAGCUGCAGGAGGUGCAGGAGGAGACGGUCCGGAAGGCAGCCCAGCAGGCCGUCUGCAUCCUGGCCGCUCAGCACAGAGCUGCGGUGGUGUCCAGCCUCCUCAGUCACCCCCUCCCCUUGGACAGCUGCAGCUGCACCAUGUGGAGGGCACUGGCCUCGGAGCCCACCCUCACCUCCCAGGUCCUGGAGCUGCUGCUGGAGAAAGUGAACCGGGACGUCCCCUACAAAGAGAACAAGUCCUUCCUCCGGGGAAGCCGCUCGGAGCGGGUCGCCACCUUCCUCCCCCUGUCGGCCACGUGUGCUCUGCAUGAGAUCAUGUCUACCCGGGAGUCUGGACUGGCCGUUGUGGGGCUCUACGCGGAGCUCUUUGUCUCCCUCCUGCUCCGGGUCAGCUGCACGGUGGGCAUCCAGCUCCCGAAGCACAUGCAGUCCAAAGAGCGGAAGAGCAUCAGCCGUGGGCAGCCCCACCGCACUCUGGAUCCCUGCAGCUCUGCGGUUGAGACCCUCAAGGCCAUGCUGAGCCAGGGGGGCAGCGAACAAGUGAGCAGGGCUGUGAUGGAAGCUGGUGGCUGGGACCUGCUGCGGAGUCCGGAGAAGCACUACGACGGCGUGGCCUUCCUCGCCAGGGCCAUGGCAAAGCACGCAGGGCCCAAACUCCCCCUGGUCGUGAAGAUGCUUUCGCCGAUGCUGAACAGUAUCUACGACAGCCAGCGGCUCACCACCACAGCUUUCUUUGCAGAGCUCCUCAACAGCAAUGUGGUAAAUGAUCUGGUUCUUCUGGAGUCCCUGAUGGACAGCAUGACAGCCCGGCAAAGAGACUCCUCCGCAGUUGUGCGGAUGCUGGCCCUUCGAGGACUGGGCAACGUUGCUUCAGGCUCACCAGAGAAGGCAAGGAAGCACGGGGCUCAGCUCCUGGCUACCAUGAUCAAUAGCUUAGACGAUAAGGAUGAUCCCUACAACCUGGUUGCCUUGGAAGCCAUGGCGAGCCUCUCCAAGAUCCUGGGCUUCGUUGAGGAGAGAGACAUCCACUCCGGGCUGCUGCACGUCACCAUCCGAAUACGGCCUUUCUUUGACAGCGAGGAGCCCAGCCUCCGCAAGACAUCCAUCAUCCUCUUUGGGAACCUGGCAAAGUUCAGCUCUGGGAACGGUGAAGAUGCCUUUCUUGAGCAGAUUCUCUACGGGCUGGCGACGCUGCUGUUGCAUCUCCAAGACCCGAAGCCAGAGGUCAUCAAGGCCUGCAAGUUGGCGUUGCGCAGGUGUGGGCCCGCAGUGAGUUGCCCCAUGCUUUGCGAGAUGUUUCAGAACCACCUGCACGAGGGGCGGGGCCUCCACUACGGCGAGUUCAUGAACGACGUCUGCAAGCAUCUGAUGCAGAGCUAUCCAGAAAUGCUGAGUCGUUUGGUCAAUAUCAACCUCUUUUACUUCAAGAGCAACUGGGCUGACAUCCGAACUGCUGCCCCCAUGUUUGUAGGCUUCCUGAUCCUUCAUGCGGACAGAGGGCAGAGCCAGCAGCUGGAUCUGGACGAGCUUAUUGCUGCUCUGACUGUGCUGCUGAAGGACCCUGUGACGGCGGUGCGGAUGAAGGCGGCAGAGACGCUUGGCCGCCUGGGCGGGGCUGUUUGAGGGCCCUUGGCCACGGACUCCCCCGAGGAAACGGGCUGGCCUGGAUCCGCCCAGCCCGAACUUGCCCUCGCACCUCCCGGACACGUCAGGCCACGUCUUCCAGAGCAACACGACCUUCGCUUACUGGAACAUCACCCCGCCCCCGCCUUAAAGAGAAGGCCUGAGGUCUCUGCACCUUUCUGUGUUUCAAUGUUUUUUUGCACACUGGGGACACACCAGCCCCCCACCCUCGGGCAGGCUGGUCCAGAGCACGGGGCACAGAAUCAUCACAGGGCUGUUGCACACAGGCACAGGGUCCGCGUGACCCCUCCCGGCCCACCAAAUGUCCUUCCCCACGUCCGUGGCGCACAGAAGCAGGUGCCUCCUGACCCAACCUUUGGCCAGGCAGCCGGGGUGAGGCUCGCACAUUUCCCUCAGCCCCGCCACAGUUGGUGGAGGGAAAGCGCUGCUGCCUCUUCUGGAGUUCAUCCCCAUUCCUCCCAGCAAGGGUUUGUGUAUAGAAUCAGACAAAUCACUUUGAAUAAACUAUUUGCUUCUCAGAA